GUUUUUUGGAAGUUUGGUAAAUCAUGCAAGCAGCUCCCCUUUAUCACUUACCCCCCUGCUUCCUAUAUGCACUCGUUAGCCUAUCUAUCCAACGGUAACAUCACCUAUAUUGCCCUGAGACUCGAAGACUCGAUACGAACAUCGGGGGGUUCUGGAUUCCUAGAAAACUUACUAUGAUACCAGAACCAACUGUACCGUAGGUUAGAGGGAUAGUCUUCUAAGGCGACGACACAUUCCGGAAGAGAUCACGCAAUGCGAUCACCCGCCAGGAACCUACCUGUAGGGAGUGGCAAGCAAAUCCCGCAUGUCUGGAGGGGGGGAUCUCACAGUAUCACUGAUGUCCGCGAGUUAUGAUCAUCUUCUCGCCGGCAGCAAGAUACUUCCAGGGCUGCUCUUGAGAAGCAUAGCCGUACCAUGUCAAAGCGAUAUCCCGUUGGUAGGCGUAUCGUACAGCAAGACGAACUUUUAACCCGAAUCUGAGGCUUAAAAAGGGCGCGGUCAUCCCCUAUGUCGCAGAGAAUUCUAUCGCGUCAACUGAUAUGAAGAGAGGGCUAAUCCAGAAAUUUUCUGGGCCGCUCACAGCGUAAGGGGUGGUUUAGGUUUCAUAACGAACUAUUAUAGAGUGGAGAGGCACAAAACGUAGUGUUAUUACAUCGGGAUCGAGAGAGAAGUGUGUGAUGCGGGUGCGGCUUCGGGACUGCGGCGAGGCGUUGCUGUAACCAACGACAUUGCAAACAUCCCGCACCAGUACGGUAAAGUAUAGUACCCCCCUUACUUGCAGGGUGCUCCUUACUAUUUCUCAACUGGUAACUCUUACGCAAAGAAUAUCGAGCGAUUUACUCAUAUCUCGAGUUGAAUUGCAUCUCCCACGUAAAAAAACAAAAUACCAAGGGACCCCUUUCCUUCUUCCAUCAAUGUGAUAACUUACCCUUUUUCCCUCGACUUGUUAUGGAUGAGGCUGGGAGGACCUGGCACGGUAUGAUACCGUGCUGUACGCUGCCGGUACUCGUAAAAGAGUGUCUUAAAAAAAAAAAUCGACAGGGAUGACCCUCCAUGAGCCUUGGCAUUAAACCUUUAAAGCUACCCCUCCAUCCCUCUGGCGUUAGACGACCCGGUUUCUCUCAAUCCCCACUUCCAUUCUUUCCUGUUACCACUCCCUCCAAAAUCCCUUUGUCUUUGUGGAAAUUUUCUACAGGACUCCUCUUCAGGGUUUGUGACACUCAAUUCCCCUGGGAAUCUCUGUGAUACGGUAUCAUAUCGGAGUUAACUAACACAUACCCGUGGACAGAACCUUUCCAGAACCCGUUCUUGCAGAGCACAUUAUACAAAAAUGGGCGAAAUCGUUCAUCCUACUAUCCAAGGUUAGCCCUGCUACCCACAAUUCGUGCUUCCUUCCGAUGGCUCUCCAGAGGUUAGUGUAGUGUUGUCAUUUACUAAAAGCUCCUCUCAUGUUGCAGAUGGCUGGUUCCGCGAGGUCUCUGAGAUGUGGCCCGGCCAGGCCAUGACUCUCAGAGUUAAGAAAAUCUUGCACCACGAGAAGUCCAAGUACCAAGAUGUUUGCUUGAUCCUUUGGCACAACCAAGGCCCCAUUUAGGAUCGCAUGAAUUGACCCAUUCUAAAGGUCCUGAUAUUCGAGAGUACCGACUACGGCAACGUUCUUGUCUUGGACAAUGUCAUUCAAUGCACCGAGCGUGACGAGUUUGCGUGAGCAUACACCCUCCGUCUGCGCGUUGUAUAAUAGCCAGGGCUAAUGAUCUUGCCUGCCCAGCUACCAGGAGAUGAUCACUCAUCUUGCAAUGAACUCCCACCCCAACCCCAAGAAGGUUCUUGUCAUCGGCGGUGGUGAUGGUGGCGUCCUCCGUGAGGUAGUCAAACACGAUUGUGUUGAGGAGGCCAUUCUCUGCGAUAUCGACGAGGUAAAUCUCUUCAGGAAUGUCACUCGGAGCAGGCAAUGCUCACCUGUAUCACAGGCUGUUAUCCGCCUCUCCAAGCAAUACCUCCCCCAUAUGUCCAAGGGGCUUGAUCAUCCCAAGUCUAGGGUUCAUGUUGGAGACGGAUUCAAGUUCCUCGAGGACUACAAGAACGAAUUCGACGUCAUUAUUACUGACUCAUCGGACCCAGAGGGUCCAGCAGAGUCUCUCUUCCAGAAGCCUUACUUUGAGCUUCUGUUCGGAGCUUUGAAGGUAUAACAUCGGCAUACCAGUAUAUUACUGAUCGUAGGUUACUAACUACAGAUGACCGCGUUAACAGGAGGGUGGUGUGAUCACCACGCAAGGUUGUCGGUUCUCCUUUUUUAUUGCAAUGCAUUUCCCCCCUAUGGAAAAUGACUUGAAAGAGCGAGGGAGAGAUUGGAAGAACAGAAGUCUUUCCUAUUCUGCUGGAAAGCGUUCUCUGUGGCUUACUGUGAUGUGAUACCCUUCGCUACAGUGUCGAACACCUUCUCCUCAACCUCAUCCUGCGCUCGAAAUCUCGACUUCUUUUUUUUUUCCUUUUUUCACGCACCUCUCCAUCUCAUUCAUAUCCCCCCUCUGCUUUCCUCGGCCUACAAUGGUAACACAGCUGACCUCACUUUUUUUUCCUUUUGUUGCGACAGCCGAGAACCAGUGGCUUCACCUGCAGCUCAUUACCGACCUUAAAAAGUCGUGCCGCGAAGUCUUCCCGACUGUGGAAUACGCCUACACGACCAUUCCAACCUACCCAUCCGGCCAAAUUGGCUUCAUGGUUUGCUCUAAGGAUGCGAACAGGGAUGUCUCCAAGCCCCUCAGGACCGCAUCCGAUGAGGAGGAGCAGAAGAUGUACAGAUACUACAACAAGAGGAUCCACGAGGCAAGCUUUGUACUGCCCACUUUUGCGGCCACUGCGUUGAAAUAGGUGGAUGGGAGGCUUAGGAAAUAAAAUUUUGUGAUGAGGAUCAGUCUCAGACUAUGGGGGUUUCCUUCUUAUCCUGUUCUGGAGAGGUCAUAACCAUCACCUAGUAUUACAAACGC